AUGGAUCCAAUCAUACCUAUUGCGCCUCGAUCGCGCUCCGCUUUCAAGUCGCCUACGCUCCCGACCGAUCCCUAUGCGCGGUCGUAUACCCCGGAAUCACCUGAAUGGGAGCCGCUCACUCCUCCGCGUCCCAUUGAGCCCACCUUCAACUAUCCCGCCCUGACUCAGCCUUCGCCCUCGAACCAAAUCUCUCCGCCGACCGUACCACAACAGCAAGAGAAGCCUCGUGGACACAAGCGCUCACCUUCAUCUAUCGAGGCUCUGGCCGAUGUUGCCCUCUCGACAAGUCCGCAGCUUCCUCCGGCCGCGUCGUCCGUGCAACCCACUGCCGACAACUUCGUUACUCCCGGCCCUGUUCGUGGUACAAAACGCGCUCGCUCCGAUGCAGGCCCUGGCCCACAAGCCUAUUCCUUCCCCACUCGGCCCUCAUCCAGUCACCACUUCUCCCACCCAGGCGUGCCGCCUUUGGCGUACAACACUGACCGCCAACGCCGUCAAUCGACCAACACCACACUAGUCACCUCACUAGAGGACGCCGAGCUACUGUUGAACUUUGCUGGUCGCGUUGCUUCUCAGCCCCCACCUCCCGCUACGACUCGGCGCCAUGCUCCUCUUGGACCUCCUGCAAGCCAUACGAACUUCUACACCGGACCUCAGGCACCCCCGCCUCAGGCAUAUCCCUAUGCUCCGCUACCGACCUAUACUGCUCAUGUCAUCAUACCGGAGCCCAUCCCCGCGGUCGCCGUCCCAUCCGUAACCUCGGAGCAUGCCACGGCAUCCCUGCCCUCACCUCAGGACACGAACGAAGAUGAAAAGAGUAUGGAUACAGACAAAGGGAUCAGCCAAAGUACGGAGAACGAUCAAUUGCCCGUCGCAAUCGUGACAGAGCCACCGAGGGCACGCGCACCACAACAAACGCAUACUCCGCCUGAAGAGGAGCGCAGGACAUCUGAGCAGACUGCUGUACAACUGGCACUUCCCACCCAAGAAACCAUCGAGCUACCGACUGCUUCAGUGGAGCAACUGAUAGACGCACCGGCGGCGAGACCGCGUCGCGGAUGGCCCAAGGGCAAACCUCGUGGCCCGCGGAACAAGAACUCGACGACCACCAAACCUCGUUCUUCAGCUCGUAGAUCACGAGCUUCCACUGUGAAAUCGGUUGCCGACAGCAGCGACUCUAGCGCGGAAGAGAAGAGACCUAGACGUAAAUCAGACUCGGACCUGUCGUUAGUAGAUCCCGAGCAAUUACAAAACCGCUCGGGAGACGCUCGAGGUGCGACAGUUCCUCCAAGCCUACGCUACGAAAUCUUGCAGUCAACCACAAAACCAGUGGCGGCAGAACCGCGCAAGCCUUCUAAGGAAGUUCAGGAGACGGUAUGCGCCAGCUGCGCUCUGACUCGAGAAUCCAAUCACGGCGAGCUGGAUCAGUGGAUAAGCUGUAAUGGCUGUCAGUUGUGGUUUCACUUCGAUUGUGCUGGUUUCAAGAAUGAACGCGAUGUGAGGGAUGUCAGCAAGUUCUUCUGCAAGGCCUGUGAGCCCAAAUAUGGCCCAACCACAUUUGUGCGAAAGUCGAGUCGUGCUCAUGUAGCAGUCGAUUAUGCCGGCUUGAACCAAGGCAUUCUCAAGACGUCCGACGACAACCAUGAGCACCACUACAUUCAACCAAUCAAGGAUGGCUCUUUUACCUUCGACCAAGAACUGUUUCCUCGUAUGCGUCCCGAGCUCGUCACUCGCGAAUUCUUCGAGACUUGCUCUUCGUUCUCCGAGCCUGUUGUUAUACCUGCCGAGUACAACCCUAAGCUUCCUCGUCAGGGUUCUGUUCCAUCUGGCGACAAUGGAGAGAUUGCGACAGAAUUUGCUUUCACUGGUAUAGAGGAAGAAGAUGCUCUUCUACGGGACUUUGAAUACGAAACCGUACCUGAUGAUGGUCAAGACCGCCUCGACAUGGUUGUACCUCGGGACCUGACUGUCAGACAUGUUGCCGAGCUUGUUGGCCCACACGAGCCCCUUGAAGUAAUCGACGUCAAGACUCAGGGUACUGAGGGCAAAUGGAACUUGUCGAAGUGGGCAGACUACUACGAAGCCGAUGGCGAGAAGGCUGUCCGCAAUGUUAUCAGUCUGGAGGUUUCCUCUACUAAACUCGGAAGACUUCUGAGAAGACCCAAGGUGGUGAGAGAUAUCGAUCUUCAGGACUCGGUCUGGCCAGAUGAGGAAACGUUCAAAGGCAACUAUCCAAAGGUGCAAUUCUACUGCCUCAUGUCUGUCGCCGACAGCUUCACAGACUUCCACAUUGAUUUCGGCGGCUCGUCGGUGUACUACCAUAUUCUACGCGGCAAGAAGACUUUCUUCUUCAUCCCACCAAAGCCUGGUCAUCUCAAGAAAUACGAAGACUGGAAUAACUCGCACGAGCAAAACUUCACAUGGUUGCCAGAUGCGACGAAAGAAUGUUACCGAGUUGAUCUGUCCGCAGGAGACACCAUGCUCAUUCCUUCUGGCUGGAUCCACGCUGUAUGGACGCCGGAGAACAGUCUGGUCAUUGGAGGCAACUUCUUGACUCGUAUGCAUUAUUCAACUCAGUUCCGCAUUGUUGACAUUGAGAAGGUCAUCAAGACUCCUCAGAAGUUCAGAUAUCCACACUUCCAGAAGGUCAUGUGGUACACUGUCAUCAAGUAUCUCGAGACAGACCCUCUGCCUGCUGAAGUUGCUCAAGUCUUCUACAGCGGCGCAAAAUUCGUUCGAGAACGACCUGUCUGGGAAGAGUUCGGUCAGCAUGGACAACUUUCGGACCGCGCUCCCGGAAGUGCAUACUACAACUGUCGAUACUACUCUCAGGCUGAGUUGGACGGAUUGCCAGACUUGAUCAACUUCAUCUUCCGAACUGUUAUGAUUGCACUGGGCCGAAUCGAGGGUGUGACGGAGGAUACUCGCAAGAAGGUGAUGAGGUCUAUUCCCAAAUCGCGCGGCGAACCUCUCGAGCUGGCCAGAACAUUCGCACUUUGGGUAGCAUGGAAACGAGGUAACGAGGAUCCACCAGCCUGGGCACAUCCUGAUGCCGAUCUUCCAGACAAGGAGAGUGCUGCGCCAAAGAAGCUGGGAGCUCGAGCAUUGAAAGCUAUGCAAAGACAGGAAGCAUUUGAGGCCUACAGAAUUGCUCCUGAGAGGCAAUCUGCGCGCCAGCAUGCAUCCAGAGAGUCAGAGCCCGCCGACACCACAUCUCCCAAGCCUUCCAUGCCUUCUGCACCAGCAUCUCAAACACAGACUACACCCGGCCCUAAUAGCCAGCACACUAGCACACCGAAGACAUCAGUACUUGGCCCUAAGAGGGUCGCAUGUGAUGCAUGUCGCAAGCGCCGGAUCAAGUGUAAGCAUAAGGACGUCGUUACCACGAGCACACCAUAUGGCCAGCCAGCCGUGAUUUUUCAAUCGACCCCCUCUGUGGAUGGGACCGCAGACGCUUUGCCUUAUGAUUUCCAGAGAAGGGAUUCUCGCGACUUCUUCGCCGCUAACACCGUGAGUCCUGUCAAGAUGCCAGAGCAAGUCAUUCCGAUCACACCCUUUGGCCAGUCUUCACAGACCACUGAGCAGAACAUCCAACCCAUUCAGAACACACAAAGCGACCAGAGUCUCCAGGGUCUGCAAAACGGACACAUCGUUCAAACGACCGGCAUAGCCCCUAUGGCGCAAAUGACCUCGACAGACAGUAUUGGUCCUGCUAUUAUCCCUGGAAAUGCAUUGCUGGCAGACCCGAACAGCAAGCGCGGAAGAAGCAAGGCAUGUCUUGACUGCCGCAAGAGCAAGAAUGGCAAGAUUGAUCCCAUCAAGGCCGAGCAGACACCAGUUCCUCGUGGCUCAGUUGUCUCCAAGAAAAGGAGAAUCAGUGGAGAAAUGGAAAGUCCGCUCAAGAAAUCAAAGCAACCCCGACCUUCACAAGCCGCUCCUGUGAUGCCAUUCUCGAUGGAUUCCAGUUACCAGACCAACAUGGUGUCGCCUCAACAAUACAAGCAGUAUGCAUAUGCUCCCGAGGCCAAUAUCCCGCACUGGCAGCAUGCUUCAUACAUGUAUCCUGAUCCGAGCUCAUCGGGUGGCAGUGUCAUACUUCAUGGUGGUCCAUAUCAUCAACAAUCUGACCUGAAUGGGCCUUACAAUGCACAAUCGUUGGAGCAGUUGGCAGCCGAAGUCCUUGACUCUAGAUACGUCAAUGAUGGAGACUACACUGUUCCUCAGGCCAAUGGUGACAGCCUGCUUCAUCCUGCACUACAGCAACAAGGCUCCGUUUCCAGUCAGAACACGGGACAUCGGGAAGACACAUCUCCUUUGCUAGCCAAAGCCCAUCCGAGCGGUCACAUCUUGACUGGCCUUGGUCACACUAACCAGCCUGCCAACGGCAACAAUAUGGGACGUCGUCCCAGCUCGUCAGGUGGACCUGUGCAGCCUCACAACACUGACACCUCAGGGUUAUACUCGCAGAACGGAAGUGCUGUGACUUUGAAGAUCUCCACAGAGGAUCUAAUUCCCAAUGCACCAUUGGAGAACAGCCCAGCCCUUGUGGCCACUACUCAACAAGCCUCGAGGACUGUUGCUCCACAGGUGGAGUCCUCUGCAGCACAAAUCAAGGAUGCCAAUUUGUCGCCCGAGAAGUCGACAGCCUCACUCGCUGUAGCACCCACAGGUCUGGCUAGCAUACCACUCUAUCAACCUCCGGCACCACCAUUGACAAAAUCCCAGACUCCUCGAAUUGAGCGUCACUCUUUCAGUGUCAGCACAGAAAAGCCGGUCAGCCGCGUGCAAAGGUCUCUUAGUAAGACGCCGGCGCCGUCACAGGCUGUACAAAGCACAGAGCUCAAGACGCCUGGAAGCAGCAAGCGUAAGCGAGAUAGCCUAUCGGCGACACCAGGUACAAUAAAAUCGAGGAAGCCGGAGCAUAUCAUUAGAGAGAAAAGCAUAAUUGAGGAGGAAGAAGAGCAGAGCAUGCACCUUGCACGGGAGUUGCAAGAUCAGGAUUGGGGAUUGCGUCGCCGAAGCAGGUGCUGA